GUGGACCGCCGCAUGAGGCUUUCCGGGUACUUGUCCCGCUUGCCGAAGCCUCCGGCGAGGAAUCUGAUCGAGCAGAUUGUGAGGUUGAUUUCGGAGUCGAAGAGGCCGGUUCUUUAUGUGGGAGGAGGUUGUUCGGCUUCUGGUGAUGAACUGAAGAAGUUUGUGGAGCUCACUGGGAUUCCUGUGGCUAGUACUUUGAUGGGUCUUGGUUGUUACCCUACUGAUGAUGAGCUUUCAUUGAAAAUGUUGGGAAUGCAUGGGACUGUUUAUGCAAAUUAUGCAGUGGAUAAGUCUGACUUGUUGCUGGCUUUCGGGGUUAGAUUUGAUGAUAGAGUGACUGGAAAACUGGAAGCUUUUGCAAGCAGGGCAAAGAUCGUGCACAUUGAUAUUGACCCGGCUGAGAUUGGGAAGAAUAAGCAGCCCCAUGUUUCAAUUUGUGCUGAUAUAAAGCCAUCAUUGCAGGAAUUGAAUAAGAUUUUGGAUGCGGAUGGACUUGCGUUAGAUUUUAAGGAAUGGAGAAAUGAGCUUGAUCAGCAAAAGGUACAUUUUCCCCUGAGUUACAAGUCAUUUGGGGAUGCAAUCCCUCCUCAAUAUGCGAUUCAAGUGCUGGAUGAGCUUACGGAUGGUGAGGCAAUUAUAAGCACGGGAGUUGGGCAACACCAAAUGUGGGCUGCCCAAUAUUAUAGUUAUAAGAAGCCAAGACGAUGGCUUUCAUCGGCUGGAUUGGGGGCUAUGGGCUUUGGAUUACCAGCUGCAGCUGGAGCAGCAGUAGGAAACCCGGGGCUUACUGUGGUUGACAUUGAUGGUGAUGGUAGCUUUCUCAUGAAUAUUCAAGAAUUGGCAAUGAUACGGAUCGAGAACCUUCCUGUUAAGAUCAUGGUCUUGAAUAACCAACAUUUGGGUAUGGUAGUUCAAUGGGAAGAUAGAUUCUACAAGGCAAACCGGGCACAUACAUACUUAGGAAACCCGGAUUAUGAGGAUGAGAUUUACCCGGAUUAUGUGACUAUUUCCAAGGGCUUCAAUAUACCUGCAGCUAGAGUGACAAAAAAGGCUGAGGUCAAGGAGGCGAUACAAAGGAUGUUGAAUACACCAGGACCCUACUUGUUGGAUGUAAUUGUGCCACAUCAGGAGCAUGUGUUACCUAUGAUACCAAGCGGUGGUGCAUUCAAAGAUGUGAUCACUGAUGGAGAUGGAAGAGUAUCUUAUUAGGUCAAUUUAUAACAGAUAAACCCGUUUGAGUGAAUUUUUUGAUUCUUUUACCCUCGGUGAAGGAGAUUGUUUUCUUAUGAUACCCCCACCCCCACCCCCCCACCCCAAAAAAAAACCACGGUAAAAGAGUCAAAAAAAUUACUCAUGGCUCUAUCUGUUUGGGGGUGGGGGUGGGGGGGGGGACGAGAAGGGUAGUAUGUAAGCAGCAUUAGUGCAUUUCUACUAGGGAUCUACCCGCAAUUAACCAUAUGCUCAUAAGCCAAAGCUGCUGAAAAGCAGCAUCCCAGAUUUUUGCCACACAUUUCAGCACACAAGUACUCUAACCACAAGAGAAACAUCAAUUCGGAUGAAGUACCCAUACAAAUGGUAGACUGAGGUUUCACCAGAGAGUGGGAGAGCGGUAACAGGAGAAGCGGAGAGCGAGCCCUCAGUGGAUCAAUAUUGGUACGCGAGCGCAGACAUUGCAGUGGAAACGGCAGGGACUUUGGUGUCAUAUCCAGAUAACGGUGUCAACAUUGCUGUUGGUCACCCUAUUCCUGAGAGUUUUGAAGAGCAAAUGAAGCUGGCUACGGCUGCGGCUAAAGCGAAAGAGCAAGCCAACAGGGUGGAUGUGAUAAACUUGUACAUCUCCCACCUAAUAAUGUAUGUUAGCCAACUAGUCUGAUAAGGAAGAGAGUAUCGUCUUCAAAACUAGUUACCCCGAACAUCGUGAACAUUAGUUCCAAUAUGUUCUUUAGCCUAUACAUAGAGGGGUGCACAGAUCGUGACUGAUUUAGCGUGGUUUUAGCUUGUUUAGCACAUGAAAUCGAUGAUUGUGACCUCAUGAUAUAAUCAUUUGCUCAACAUAAUCUCAUAAUGUUAUUUGUCGAGCUCUGGACUGACGCGUGUAGAUCCGCAGAGACUUCGUCGUUAUAAUUUAUGAAAACUAUUGUUAA